GUCCUGCCGUAAAGCCGCGCAGUGCGGCGCUGGAACAUGGCAGCGCCCUGUGUGCGUGUGACCUGCCUCCGUCCCCGGCUCGUCCUAUUCUGCCGGUACCGGCGCUACGGAGACACGUCCGGCUCUGAGCGGAGCGCCCCACAGGCCAUCACCUUCUGUCCUCCAGCACAAUCUAAAAAUGACUGGAUUGGCCCUCCUGAUCGAUUCUCCAAUCUGCGACCUAUAAAAUUCUUUGUUCCUAAGGAUGAGUCCCAUCUGGAAAGAAAACUCAGAGAACUGAGACAGGAAACACAUGAAUGGAAUCAAAGGUUUUGGGAAAACCAGAAUCUCUCAUUUUUUAAGGAAAAGGAAGCAUUUAUAAUUUCAAAACUUAGCGCUUUAGGUCUGGGGCUGAAAGAUGAACAAGGACGUAAAAGGACAUUAGAUGCAGACGUAAUGGCAGAUUUUUAUCAGGAUUUCCUAAGUAAAAACUUUGAGAAGCAUACACACUAUAACAGAGAGUGGUAUAAAAGGAAUUUAGAAAUCACAUUUCUUAUGGGAAAAGUCAAACUGCAGAGAGCACUGAGAAAGAUCGGCUGGGAAUAGACAAAACAAGAAAAUUGACAAUAUUUGUUAAGUGGGAAAAAAAUUGCCGUCAUUUACAAGAAUACAGCCGAGUCUACAGACGUCAUCUCUGCUGGCUGGACGGUUUAUUUUUCCUAACAGUGUCUCAGAUUACCUCACAUUGACAUUCAGCUCAAGUUUUUCGAUAGGACAAGUGUUCAGAAUCCGAAAAUGUCUAUAUUGUAAAACCUCAACCCAAGGAUGCCAAAUCCGUUCUUUAACCAGGGAGAGCUGUAUACUAAAGGGUGUAUAUUUCUAAAUAUUAAAAGACUUUGAAUGUUUA